UCCCGGAAGGAGACGUGGUUUUCGGGAGGAAGGAGGAAGCGAUGGCGGCGGCGGAGGCCGAGUGGGAGCCGGCGGGGCUGCUGCCGGCCCCGGGGGGCGGCCUGGACUGGGAGACGGUGCUGGGCGAGGAGCUGAGCGAGCUGCUGGGCGCCGCGGAGCCGCGGCGGGACCCGAGGGACGACCACGACGAAAAUGAUCUCUAUAACUUUCAUUUUGAUUUGGAUUUGAUGUCUUGGGACUCAGACCUUUGGAAUAUUACAGGCCAUGCUUAUGCAGAUACAAGUGUGAAGACAGAACCCUUAUCACCAGCCACUUCAAAUUGUUCGGUUCCUUCUCCAUCGUCUGUGAACUCUCCAGUGCAGAAUGUGCCUGAUGAUGUGGACUUCAACUGUAGCUCUGAGAUGUCUCCCAUCUCUCUCUACAGCAAGAGUUGCAGAAGCCCUGCAUCCCCUGAGGGAGAUGGAGGGAAGAAGCCUGCUGUCAGCAUCACUUCCCGGUCUGCAAAUAAUUCUGCAAGAACCCUGAAGAGAUGUGGCCAGACAGUGUCCAGGCCUUUGAUACAACCCAAACCCCUUUUGCCUGCUGUACCUGAAGCUCAGGCUAACAUUGGCAUCCCAGCUAAAACCAUCAUUAUUCAGACUCUUCCCACGCUCGUGCCACUGCCAAAGCAUCAGCCAGUUGUUAACAUCCAGCCAGCACCUCCUAAAGGUCAAUCCGUGGUGCUCCCCCAGCCUGCUGUGGUACAGCUCCAGGCUUCUGGGGUGCUUCCUGCCUCCCAGCCAGUCAUUGCCGUCACCAGAGGGACCGUGCCACUUCACAAUCAUACGGUGAAUGCGCUACCUCCAGCUGCUGGAAAUGGCUCAACAGGCGGCAAAAUGCCAGUGACUCAGCCCUUGCUUCAGAGCACCACACCAGCCAUGGGGCUGGAUGUCAAUGUCUUGAGACGGCAGCAGCGCAUUAUCAAAAACCGGGAGUCAGCGUUUCAGUCACGGAAGAAAAAGAAAGAAUACAUGUUGGGACUGGAGGCAAGGCUGGAGGCAGCCUUAUUGGAGAACGAGAAACUCAAGAAAGAAAACAGCACACUGAAAAGGCAGCUGGAUGAAGUAGUAUUAGAGAACCAGAAGCUCAAAGUAUCAUCUCCAAAGAGAAUGACCCUGUGUGUGAUGAUGAUACUGGCUUUCAUAAUGUUGAAUUAUGGUCCAUUGAGUGUAUUUGAAAAGGAUCCCAGUGGAGUUGAUUCCACUUCCAGUUCCAGCCACCGGACCAGAAAUCUUCUGGAGUUCUCAGCUAGCCAGGAGUCCAGCACAGCUCAGAAAAUACCUGGGGACAUCAUUCCUGAGAAGAGUAAUAGGUAUGAUCGUUCUGUAUCUGAUAACAAAGCACUGAUGAUAGUCUCAGAAGAACCACUGUUAUAUAUUUCACCACCACCACCCCCCUGUCAGCCCCUGAUCAACCGGACAGAGUCCCUCAGGCUGAAUCAUGAACUUCGAGGAUGGGUUCAUAGACAUGAAGUGGAACGAACAAGAUCUAGAAGGUUGUCAAAGCACCAACAGCAGAAAGCACGGGUUUUGCAGAGCUCCCUCAGUGAGAAGGCAGAUUCCCAGCUGAUGGCCAUGCCUUACACAGACACCAGCCUCAGCAGGAACUCAGGGAAUGAGCUACAAGUGUAUUAUGCCUCUCCAAGGAGCUAUCAAGAUUUUUUUGAAGCUAUUCGCAGAAGGGAAGAUACAUUCUACGUGGUGUCAUUUCGCAGAGACCACCUGUUAUUGCCAGCCACCACACAUAACAAGACCAGAAGACCAAAGAUGUCUAUAGUGUUGCCAGCUGUAAACAUCAAUGCUUUGAAAAAGAAGUCAGGCUGGUCAUUACUAGGACCUAGUUGCCAGGUCCCCUCUGGAGCUGGGGUGCUGGCAAAUCACCAGUGCCUGGUCACCGAGACAGUAACGAGAGGCUGCGUGACUUGGAGAGCAGUUCUGCAGUAUCUCCCUCAAGGACAGGGGUCCUGCCAUCCAGUCCCAGUGAUUUAUACACAGCUGAUUAAGGGUUACUUGAAUGUGAUCUAGCUUCUCGAACUUGGUGGCUACAAAGAUCCCACUGAGUGUAGAGACUGUCCUCAUCCUCUCAUUUGGGUUCCUCCUAUGCCUGCUUGGCAGGGCAAAUUCCUUGGCCUUACUGGUUUGUUAGGAUGCUGAUUGCCUUCCAUCGGCUUCCUCAGCUGUUUACCACUCUGUUACACAACACUCAGUGUGAGUGGGACCUCUCAGCACUGCGUGGUCACGAUUAAUAAUAAUCAUGUUACAGUGCUGCAGGACAGCAGAGAAAACAGCUUUGCACUAGGGGCACGGGCUUAUUGGCAAACAGAAAUUUCUUGAUCUGCAUUUUAGUCCCACAUGAGAGACAGGGCAUGAACUGUAUAUAUACAUAUAUAGAUCAUUAAUUCAUGUGGUGAGGAACUGCCAAGUUAGGACAUGUUUGGGGCACAAGGUCACUGUUACAGUCAUCAAACAUAUCGUGAACCCUGUAACAGUAUAAACUUUACUUUCUGAAUAUCUGUACACGUAAUGCUUUUUUGCGGUACAAGUGAAUCAUAAACCCAAAUGUUUUUGUUAAAUUCAAGCGUGCCUAAAACAUUGUCUGAUGAUGUAAAUUUCCAUAAACUAAGAAAAAAAAAAAAAUCAGCUCAGGCUUUUAACAUUUUGAUAAUUACACUUUCCCAUGCAGUACAGUAAACUGAUUGUGAUAGUCUAUAACCAGAUAUUUUAGGGGAAAUUUAUUAGAUGUAUCAGAACUAUUUUUGGCAUUUAUCUACCUGAAACUCCCUUUUCAUGUCCAUUACAAAAAUCCUUUUCUGGCUGAGCUGAAUUAUCAUGUGAAAAUGGUCACUUUAUCCCUUGAAGAACAAACACUAUUUCUAAAUUACAAAGUAUUUCUUCUUAACAUAUUACUGAGUCUUGUUUUACUUGAAAUAACUUUUUGGGUUUUGGAGUAAAUAUAAUUUGGAAAAUACACAUCAGAAUCCAGUGAUAAAUCUUAUCCUUCAUUAGUAGUGAAAUAUUGUGAAAUUUUAGUUACUUGAGUUCUUUGGGAUUUUUCUUCAAAACAUCAGCAUAAUCCAGGAAGUAAAAAAAUGUCUAGGGGUUUGGUCAGAGAUGUUGAAACAGAUGAGACACAAGGAUAGCAUUAAGUAAAGAAUGGCAUCAAACACUGCUUCCUGUGACACUUGGCCACGUAUUAGGAAAAAAAUUAUAAGAUACACGAGAGCCAGUAGGUAACUUGGCUUGAUUUUUAAUUUGAUUAUUAGUAUAUUACCUGGAGGAGAUGAUUCUCUAAGAAGUUCUGCCUGGAGAAGAACGCAUUUCUCUCCUUUGAGAACAUCAUUCCUCCAGCCUAUUCUGCCUCCGCGGGAACUGAGCACAUCCUGCACAAGCAUCUGGAAGUUAGCUGACAACAAAGCUUUCCUCCCAGCUGUCUCCUGUUCUUUUAAGCCCACCUCAAUUCUUUGUCCACCUGCAGAGAGUUGGCUGCUAGAAGAGGACAGGUCUCCCUGGGAGGAAUUGGCAAAACUUUCAAUGAAAGAACUUGUCCCCUCCUGCCUUUUCUCAUGCUUCAAGCAGAUCUCUGUGGAAGAAUGGAAACCUUUUCCACUGCCACUUGCUUGCCCUUCCUUUUUGCUGCCACAACCCUGGCAGUGGAGAUGAAGGGAAGGCAAGUGAAGCUUUUCAGAAAGUUUUUCAGAACUUCGCUUGCUUUCUUCUGCAGGAUGUUAAUUUGUCUGUGUACUAAAGUUUACCUGUGACAGUGUUUCCAAGCAUGAAACAGCUUACAGUUCAGUCGAGUACCCUUUGAACUGCUUGGACAGUCACUUUCCAGCAGGACUGUCAUCCUUUUCUGAUUGCACUUUGAUCGCUUGAGUGCCUUCUGAGUUCUGCUUAGAGACUCUGCCCUUAGCCGGCGUGAGCCGUUCCCAUCACUGUCUGCAGGGACAUGGAACAGGUAUGGACAAAGACUAGGAAGUAGAAUGAGUUGUCAGUCGCUGUCCUACAUGACUCUGCAUGGAGGUUGAUGACAAGGUUCUGCAAGACCAGUCUGGCAGUUUUCACCAGCGUACAAAGCAGAAUCAAGUUUACUGUUUUAAGAGUUUUUCUUAGAGGGAAGAGUUGGGGUAAGUCCGGCCUGUGGCAGCGCUUUGCAGCUAAUGGCAAAUCUCAACAUAAAAUUUUGUAGGAGACGGGUACGUGUAUGUGCAUUCAGUAAGGUGGAAGUUUAAGAGAACAGUAUUGUACAAAGCAAUAACAGUACAUCAUUCAUUUUCAAGAUCAAAACUUGAUAAAAACUAUUCAGUUGUUGUAUGUUGGAAAAGAGUAAAAAAAGGCCAUUACCUUGUACCUUUCUUCUGUGUGCUCCUUCUGCUGGUCCCUCUGCAAGCACAAGGAUAAGCCAGCGAU